AUGGUAAACAAAGAUGUAGCUCCAAAUGGAGCUUCUUUGCAUGAUAAACUGUUGGUGAAAGAUUGUCGUGAUGUUGAAUUAACAUUUCUAAAAAAGGUGAACAAUGAAUAUUCGUCAGUAUUGUCCCCGGGUGUAAGUGAACAAGGUGAAAAACGGGGUAGGACACCAAGCGAUAAUGAGUAUGAUCUUCAAGUUACUGGCCAUGGAACACCAAAAAGAACACGAGCAGUUCAACGAAAAACACGUACAAUUACCAACUCUUCGUAUGUAGCGACAACUACAACUACAGCCAAUAAGAAUUUUUCUCACCAGAGAAUGGAAGAUGAUAACAACCAUUUAUUAACUAAACAGAAUGAUACAAUUGUUAAUUCUGAAAGAAAUAAUAAUAAUAAUAAAGGACGGGGGUGGAUAUUCUAG